AUGGCAUUUACCUUCAUUUUAACUUUCACUGUUUCUCUGGUAGCAGCAUUAGAUGAAGAGUGUGGAAAAUGUGAUUUACGUUCUUCAUAUUGCAAACUAUGGCAAGAUGGUCAACGCACUUGCGAAUGUCGAGAAGGAUUCAUGAACUUGCCCAAUGGAACUUGUCAAAUGGUGUCUCCUCCACCUACAGCCCUGAAUGAUCCAUCAGAGGAGCCAUUCUGUGUUCUGGGGCAAGCAGAGAAAGCUGCAACUAGAAUAUUGACUGAAUUGCUGGCAAAGUAUGAUCGGAAUCUUGUACCGAAGAUGAAAGGAGUUGAUGUGGAUGUUGAGCUUCUUAUCCAACGGGUUUCUGAAAUAUCUGAAAUUCAAUCAGCUUCAACUAUGCACAUCUUGUUUUCGCAAAUCUGGCAUGAUCCUGGUUUAUCGUUUGAGCAUGAAGAGGGAGCUCACUGUUUAACAAAUUUGUCUCUAUCACAUAGAAUGGUUGAUCAUAUAUGGUUACCGAACGUGUGCAUAGUCAAUAGUAAAGGAUCUUCAAUUCAUCAAAGUCCGACACCGAAUAUCUUCUUAGCCAUAUUCCCCAAUGGAACAGUUUGGAUGAACUACCGGAUAGUAGUUGAAUCUCCAUGUGAAAUGGAUUUCAGUUUCUUUCCCAUGGAUCGAGUUAUGUGUACAACUAUAUUCGAAAGUUAUUCUUUCAAUGUUGGAAAGGUUCGACUUCAUUGGAAGCGGCAGGGCCAACCGGUGGAAUUCAUUGAUGAAGUCAAGUUACCUGACUUUCAUAUGACAACAUUUAUACACGAAAAAGCAACAUUUCAAUAUCCGGCAGGAGUAUGGGAUCAGUUGAAUAUCAAAUUAUUCUUUCGACGAUCAUAUGGUUUCUAUAUUCUACAAAUCUAUCUACCAACAUACUGUAUGGUUCUGAUUUCAUGGAUUUCAUUUUGGCUCGAUAGGAAGAGCUUACCUGCUCGCGUCACAUUAGGUGUUUCAUCUUUGAUGGCUCUCACACUUCAAUAUUCCAAUGUGGCACGUAGUUUGCCUAAGGUGUCAUAUGUCAAAGGUCUCGAUCUCUUCAUGUUUGGAUGUGUUGGUUACAUCUUUCUAUCAAUCGUUGAACUUGCCGUUGUUGGAACAUUAGAGAAAAAGAGAUCUUACGACGACUUCAUGACCGAUGAUGAAAUUCAGAAGAAUGUCUUUCAACGUACCUUCUCUACUAAGAGCUUCAAAUCAGGUUAUGGACCAGGAAGGCCACAGUUCUCUGAAUCGAAUUGUGCAUCUCCGGAGGAAGGGGAUUGGAAAGAAGGUUGGAAUGAUAGAACAUAUGUUGAGUGUCCAGCCCCCAAACCGCCGACAGACGAAAGGAAUCCAGAGAGCGAAGAUCCGAAUAAUCAAAUGCUCGUGUUUGUUCGUCAACGACGUGCUUCACGCAAAAGACGAAGACGAUUAGUUUCUGGAAAGCUAUUCCAAAAAUGGACAGGAGAAGAGUUAGAUAGGUUCUGUCAGAAACUUUUUCCAAUUACUUUCACUUUCUGUAAUUUAAUCUAUUGGAUGUAUUACACAGCCAAAUCAAAGGAUUAA